AUGCUGAGAAUGGGGGACGACGUUGCACGCCGCGAAGACGCUGAGCGUGCGCAAGGCUGUUGGGACUCGGCUCGUGUCGACGACUUAGCGGCGCAAGCAGCAGUUCGACAGCAGACCGCGGGGGGGCCUUGUCGUCUGGUAUUCGGCUAUGGCUCUCUGAUAUGGAGGGUGGAUUUCCCGUACACCCGAAAAUUCGUGGCUCGUCUGCCUGGUAAGGCAGGUUAUCUUAGGCGCAUGUGGAUGAAAAGCGCGGACCAUCGCGGCACGCCGGCUGCACCAGGGCGUGUGUGCACGCUAGUGACGGCUUCCCGAGGAGAAGACAUUAUCGGCAUCUGCUACGAGCUUCCUGAAGAGGAGGCCGAUUCGAUACUUAAGGCUACCGCUCAAGCACGUCCUUAACACCAAUAUUCUUGGAUCUCAUUUUUCUACUGGAAAAAGAAGCACGCAAGGCUAUGACUCUCGAGGAAGAUACGACCGCGGUGGCUCUAAUAUACUGAAGCAACUAGACUACCGUGAGCGGCACGGUUACACGCGUACUGUGACGCAGGUGGACCAACAGGAUGGAACCACUGCGGAAACCUUCCUCUAUUUUUGCAUUUAUGACAAGUAAUUAGACUCUUGAUCUACUGGUUCGAAAUACUCCUGCUAUUCGAAGAUUCCACUUGCUCUCUCCUUUACUAUUUGUUUAAAGAUAUGUCUUGAUUUUUCUUCGAACAAGUAGGGACAAGAGUUGUAAACUUUAUCAUGGUUCUCCUAGUGUCGAGGAUCAACAUGAAGUAACUGAACAAGUAUCUUCAAGCGUCGUCUACCGAGAUGAUCAACUCUUUCUGCAGUAGCUCACUAUUUGACAUCAUGAUAAUUUAUCGUGCCUCUAUUUGGGGAGGAUGAUGAAGUUCUAUUGUCCUCCAGUGUAGUUCUAACUUGAGCAGGAAUUACCGACUACCGCAGGAUCCGAGGCGCCCUCCGCGUUAGUUUGGAACGAACCGCUAGAAGAGACAGCGGCGAUUAUAGCGCGCGCAGUGGGACCUUCAGGAAAAAACCUGGAAUAUCUAGAAAAUCUCUGCUCUGGUUUGAGCUCGAUAACAUUUCUUGAAGACAAAGAGGAAAAGCAAGAAGAAAAUCAAAAGGAUUCAGGCUUUGUAGACGCGUAUCUUGAAAAGUUAUUGGCAAAUACAAGACUGGAACUUGAGGCGGUGACGCCAGCCGCGUGAGCAAUUGCAACGGAUAUUCAAAGUCAUGGCUAAUGUCAUCGAGGCAUUAUGACACCUUAUACCAGGUAAAUAAGUUGGAUAUGCCGUGUGCAUGGAUGGAGGAAACACUGAGG